CGAAGUGUCGGUGAAGUCAGCAGCGAGUCCCAGAAAAACAGAGCGGGGCCAACUGCAGCGUGUAGUGCGAGUGGGGCCGGACGCGCGCAGCCCGCCCGCCGCCCGCCCGGCGACCCGCAAGGAGUGAGCAUUUAUCAGAAAAGCUGGGGAAGUCAUCCCUCUGUCCAGAGCUCCAGGACCAAUGCUGCUUUCCACCACCCUGGACCACUGAGCUGUGCUGAGGCCCAAUUGCAGAAGACUUUCCUGUCACCACCAUGAACUCUGAGUGUGAUGUUGACGCUUCAAAAGCUGUGGUGAACGGGCUGCCACCAGGCAGCAAUGGGCAAGACAAAGACAUGGAUCCUACAAAAAUCUGCACUGGGAAGGGAGCGGUGACUCUCCGGGCCUCAUCCUCCCCCAGGGAAACCCCGAGCGGCAGCCCUGGGAGCCCCGUGAGCCUGCAGGACACCCCGCAGCUUGAAGGCAAACCAGAAGUUCUGGAGUCUGAGAAUUCCUCGUCAGAUGAGUGGAGGUUUUCUCCCAAUGCCGAUGCCAAUGGAAAUGCCCAGCUGUCUUCACUCGCUGCCAAGGGCUACAGGAGCGUGCAUCCCAACCUGUCUUCGGACAAGUCCCAGGACGUCUCUUCCUCCAGCCCAGCCCAGCCCGAGGUCAUAGUUGUCCCUCUCUACCUGGUCAGUACUGACCGAGGGCAAGAAGGCCCUGCCGCCAGACCUCCAGCAUCUCUGGGGCCACUGAGCCCCCCUGCCCCGGCGACCACCCCUGCCAGCUCACCUCUGACCUUCCCGACUCUAGAUGAUUUCAUUCCCCCUCAUCUGCAGAGGCGACCCCAGCACCACCCGCGGGCCGGCACCCCUGGCCCUGUCCCCCCAGUUACUGUUAGUCCACCUCCGCCAUCCUUCUCUCCACUGCCUCCGUUGGUCCCUGCGGCCCCCGAGCGCUUCCACAGAGCCUGGGAGCCUGACCUCACGGGAGCCAUCUCCAGUACCGAUUCAAGUCCUCUGCUAAAUGAAGUUUCCUCAUCCCAUGGUGGAAGUGACUCGCAAGCUUUUGCACCAGUCAGCAAGCCAUCAUCUGCCUACCCCUCCACAACAAUUGUCAAUCCCACUAUUGUGCUCUUGCAGCACAAUCGAGAACAGCAGAAACGACUCAGUAACCUUUCAGAUCCUGUCCCCGAAAGACGAGUGGGAAAUCAGAACUCUGCACCCGCCCAAGAAAAGCCUACCUCCCCUGGCAGGGCUUCUGAAAAGAAAGCCAAGGAUGACAGUCGGCGGGUGGCCAAGAGUGCUCAGGACCUAAGCGAUGUCUCUGCAGAUGAAGUGGGCAUCCCUCUCCGGAACACCGAGAGAUCCAAAGACUGGUACAAGACCAUGUUCAAACAGAUCCACAAACUGAACCGAGACACUCCUGAAGAAAACCCUUAUUUCCCUACGUACAAAUUCCCUGAACUUCCUGAAAUCCAGCCAAGUUCUGAAGAGGACAAUCCUUACACUCCUACCUACCAGUUUCCUGCAUCUACUCCUAGUCCUAAAUCUGAAGAUGAUGAUUCAGACCUGUACUCCCCUCGGUACUCCUUUUCUGAAGACACAAAAGUGCCCCUGUCUGUACCUCGCUCAAAAAGUGAGAUGAACUACAUUGAUGGGGAGAAGGUAGUUAAGAGGUCGGCCACACUUCCCCUCCCAGCCCGCUCUUCCUCACUAAAAUCUAGCCCAGAAAGAAACGACUGGGAGCCCCCAGAUAAGAAAGUGGAUACAAGAAAAUACCGUGCAGAGCCCAGAAGCAUUUAUGAAUAUCAGCCGGGCAAGUCCUCCGUUCUGACCAACGAAAAGAUGAGUCGGGAUAUAAGCCCAGAAGAGAUAGAUUUAAAGAAUGAACCUUGGUAUAAAUUCUUUUCGGAAUUGGAGUUUGGGAAACCGCCUCCCAAAAAGAUAUGGGAUUAUACUCCUGGAGACUGCUCUAUCCUUCCUAGAGAGGAUAGAAAGACUAACCUAGAAAAAGAUCUCCACCUCUACCAAACAGAGUUAGAGGCAGAUUUAGAAAAAGUGGAGACGCUUAGUAAAGCCCCCACUACAAACCUGUCACAGAGUUCCGUGGUCAGCCCCUCUCUGGACGUUUCUUCGGAGCCCCCUGGAUAUGUUUAUUCUUCCAACUUCCAUGCAGUGAAGAAGGAAUCCGAUGGGGCUCCUGGGGAUCUGGCUAGCUUGGAAAACGAGAGGCAGAUUUAUAAAAGCGUCUUGGAAGGUGGCGAUAUCCCUCUCCAGGGCCUGAGUGGGCUCAAGCGGCCCUCCAGCUCGGCCUCCACGAAAGUGGAUCGUAAAGGUGGGAAUGCUUACAUGAUUUCUUCAUCUUCAGUUCCUAGCCGAACAGCUAACACUAGCCAUGCGUUAGGCCCUGUGUGUAAGCACAAGAAACCCCUGUCCGCCGCCAAAGCCUGCAUUUCGGAAAUCCUCCCCUCCAAAUUCAAACCCAGGCUCUCUGCUCCCAGCGCUCUUUUGCGGGACCAGAAGAGCAUCCUGCUGCCCUCUGAGAAGACUCAGAGCUGUGAGAACCUGUGCGUUUCCGCCUCUCUGAAUGAUGCCAGGAGAGGUUUCCCCCUGCAGCUGGGGGGGAGCAUCGAGAACCUGCUCAUGCGGUCCCGGCGGGAGUACGAUGGCCGGUCCAGCAGCACCCUGAGCCUGCAGGAGUACGGCACCAGCGCCCGGAGGCCGUGUCCUCUCUCCAGGAAGCCCGGCAUGCAGUUCUCCAUGCUCUAUCGGGACAUGCACCACAUCAACCGGGCCGGUCUCUUCCCCGGCUCGGUCUCCUCCUCGAGUGUUCGUGACCUCGCGUCCCACUUUGAAAGGAGUGGCCUGGCGUUGGCCAGAGGGGAGCUGGGGGCCAGCCAGGAGGGCUCCGAGCACAUCCCCAAGCACACCGUCUCCUCCCGCAUCACAGCCUUCGAGCAGCUAAUCCAGCGUUCCAGGUCCAUGCCGUCCCUGGACCUGUCGGGCCGGCUCAGCAAGUCCCCCACACCGGUGCUGUCCCGCCUGGGCCUGACGGCGGCUCGCUCCGCUGAGUCCCUCUUGGAAUCCACCAAGCUCCGGCCCAGGGAGAUCGAGGGCAUGACCCCCCGGGGGAUCUACUCCUCCCCGACCUGCAGCAACGUGGCAGAGCCCACCUUGGGCCUCCGGGGCCCCCUGCCUUCCGAGCCCCUGUCCAUGUGCUCCGACGAUCUGGACCGCUGCUCCAAUGUCUCCAGUGACAGCCGAGAGGGCAGCAGUGGCAGCGUACACGGAGACUUCCCCAAGCACCGCCUCCCCAAGUGCAAGGGCACCUGCCCGGCCUCCUACACGCGCUUCACCACCAUCCGCAAACACGAGCAGCAGCAGACGCCCCGGCAGCCGGACUGGCGCCCGGACCCCAGAGGCGACAAGAACGCCCUCCUCAGAAACAUCUACCUGAUGAGCCCCCUCCCUUUCCGGUUGAAAAAGCCCCUCCAGCACGCCCCCAGACAGACUUCCCCCAGUGACCUCUCAGGCCCCCUGGCGGGCCAGAAGCCAGACCUCCCCAGUCAGCCCCCUCUGGAUGAGCCCCACGCCGCCGGGGGAAAGCCCCCCGUCCCCAAACGCGUGUCUUCCCGGCAGGCCAUGGCCAGACUGAGCCGGACCACAGAGCCCCCCCAGGAGAGACACGAGGCCCCCCAGGACUGCCCAGGGGCCUUUAACAAUGGGAACCCUGGGCCAUACUCAGACCACGGCCUGGACAGGAACAACAACCCACAAAGUGAACUGGGAACAUCCCUUGGAGAUUCAGAAUCACCAAGACAUUUUAUACCAGCUGAUUAUUUGGAAUCUGCAGAAGAUUAUAUUCGGAGGCGACAUGAUGAUAAAGAGAAACUUUUAGCGGACCAGAGACGACUUAAGCGUGAGCAAGAAGAGGCCGAUAUUGCAGCUCGACGCCACACAGGCGUCAUUCCGACACACCAUCAGUUUAUCACUAAUGAGCGCUUUGGGGACCUCCUCAAUAUAGACGAUACGGCAAAAAGGAAAUCUGGGUCAGAGAUGAGACCGGCAAGAGCCAAAUAUGACUUUAAAGCUCAGACACUAAAGGAGCUACCUCUGCAGAAGGGAGAUAUUGUUUACAUAUAUAGGCAGAUUGAUCAGAACUGGUAUGAAGGAGAGCACCACGGCCGCGUGGGCAUCUUUCCCCGCACCUACAUCGAGCUGCUUCCUCCCGCUGAGAAGGCUCAGCCCAAAAAGUUGCCACCCGUGCAGAUUUUGGAAUAUGGAGAAGCUAUUGCUAAGUUUAACUUUAAUGGUGAUACACAAGUAGAAAUGUCAUUCAGAAAGGGUGAAAGGAUCACGCUGCUUCGACAAGUGGAUGAGAACUGGUAUGAGGGGAGGAUUCCAGGGACAUCCCGCCAAGGCAUCUUCCCCAUCACGUAUGUGGAUGUGCUCAAACGGCCACUGGUCAAGCACCCCGUGGAUUACAUCGACCUGCCUUUCUCAUCCCCAAGUCGGAGCACUGCUGCAAGCCCCCAGUUUCCGAGUCACGGCAAGGAACUCAUACCAGCCCCCCGAUCCAUGCCCUCCCCUCACCGAGCCCUGUCCCCUGAGAUGCAUGCUGUCACCUCUGAGUGGAUUUCACUGACUGUCGGGGUCCCAGGCCAGCGUUCUCUGGCACUGACGCCUCCCUUGCCUCCUCUGCCAGAGGCUUCCAUCUAUAAGAGGGAUCCCUUGGCCUUUUUGUCAAGACCCAGUCCCUCGCUUUCUGUCAGCCUCCCCCAUCUGAAUUGGUCAGACCAUCCUGCCCCCUACUCUGCUGUUUCCCCGCUGGCUCUGCCUGCCCCUGACAGAACCUACUCCCCAGAGCCCAGUGCCCAUACUGCCCUUCAGCUCAAUGGAGCCAAUGGUGUCCACACGUCCCCUCCUGGCGUCCACCAGUAUAGCUUCUCCCAGCCACCAGUGCCUCCUAGGAGCUCUGAUAGGGUCAUCUCAGAACUUAGCAAUGCCUUUAGUAGCCAGGGCAGGCAGCGGCUGUGGCAAGAAGAGAGCGGACAAUCUGAGAGGAGAGCAGAAAGAGAGGCAGGUGAGAGAGGCCUCGGCGGACCCAAGAUCUCUAAGAAGAGCUGCUUGAAGCCAUCAGACGUGGUCAGGAGCCUGAGCACUGAACAGAGACUCUCAGAUCUCCACAGUCCCGAGGAGAGCCGGCUCAGCAAGCCCCUGGGUGGCCCCUUUCCGGAAAGGGAGAUUGAGCAGACAGACCUUCCUAGAGGUGGCGAGCAGGCUGAGAGGAAGGCCGCUCAGAGUGUUGUGAGCCAGCCUUCUCAUCAUUCAUUGAGAGCAGGACCUGAUCUCACAGAAUCUGAAAAGAGCUAUGUGGAAGCAGUAUGCAAUGAGAUCAUAAACAUUGCCGAAAAAUCUGUUCAUUACUGCAGCACUGUUUCUCACCCCCUUGACUUUCAUCACAAAGUAUCCCCUUCUGACAAUAAACCAUCUUUAAUCAUUUCUCAGCAACCUCAAGCCCAGCAGCGAAGAGUCACCCCAGACAGGAAUCAAACCUCACAAGAUUUUGCUCAGGGCUUAUUCCUGGCUUUGUGCUCAGGUAUCACUCCUGGCAAUACUCAAAGGAUUUUAUGUGGUGACAGGGAUGAAACACAGGUUGGCCAAAUAAGAUUUAGCUACCAAGCAUUAUAUAGCUAUAUACCCCAGAACGAUGAUGAAUUGGAACUCCGAGAUGGAGAUAUUGUUGAUGUCAUGGAAAAAUGUGAUGAUGGAUGGUUUGUUGGUACUUCAAGAAGGACAAGGCAAUUUGGUACUUUUCCAGGCAACUAUGUAAAGCCUUUGUAUCUAUAAGAAGACUGAAAAGCACAGAGAUUAUUUUUAUUGGAGGAUGAAACCCAAUUCAUGAACUGGUCUCUUUAUUUAAACAUUGAGUCAGUAAGAAAGCUAAUGCAAUGGAUAAAGUGGAAAGCAAAAGAGAGGGACAGAGAAACAUUGGGCCUGUCGAAGCUUACGGUGUAUCAGACAGGGUUGAAAUGUGUGUUGAACAAAAAGGAAUGAGGCAAAUCUUUAUUUCCUUAGCUGCUUCUGGCGGCCUCUCCAACCUUCCCCAUCCCUCCCCCUUCUUGGUUAAUCUGACUUGCCAACCAGUCCAGUAGGAGCCAAUAGGCCAGAAAGACCUCUUGCUGUCCAGAUAUGACCAGCUCCUGCUCAAAGAGGUCUUUUAGCCUGAACCCGCUCUUGCAGUGUCAGGCAGCUCCCCGCCUGUUCUCCUGUGACUUCACACACAGGCUCCCCCAGCUGCUUAGAGGCUGCUGAUCCCGCAACACUGCAGGAACUCAGCCUGGACUUCUGAAGCCACCCCUGCGAAUUACUCAAGACCAAGUCCCACACUGGACCUGCUGAGGAACCUGGGGUAAUGGAGGUGAAGACUCCGUGCCCUCUGCACUCAACUCAAAGGGGGGUAGGCACACACAUAGGUUUGCCCACAAUAGCGAAGUGGCCAGGCAGAGAGAUUUCCAAGUGCUUAAGUCAAGAAUUUCCAUAGUUGUUGCUAAUUUAAAGUGCUGGGACUGGAACCCGGGGACUCAUCCAAGCAAGGCAAGUGCUCUACCACUGAGCCAUAUUCACAGCCCAAGAAGCCCUAUAGUUCUGAAGGUCACUUACACUGGGCAAGUUUCCCAUGUCCCUGGCUUUUUCAUACACAAUCACCCUCAGGCAGCACCGUUUAGUAUAUCAGGGCACCAUAGCUAACCUGUCUUUUUUGUUGGUUUCUGGCCGGGACAAUUUGAGGUUGAUAGGCCUUUUCUCACAGAGAAACUAAAGAUGAGCAUUGAUGCAUUUCCCAGAUACUGGUGAACACCAGAUCCCAGGAACACCAAUGAGCAAGACAAUCUCCAUGCCUUGGAAGAGACUCACUGGGUCUCUGCUUUUACUCCCCAAAGAAGCUCAAGGACCUCGAAGAAUGGAGUAACCCAGCCUGGGGUAGCUUUGGAGAGAAGCUGCAGGUGCUGGCACCCCUCCAAGUAUUGAGAUGGCAGUUCUGCCACUUCAGGAAGUUAGCCUUUGGUGGAGCACCCAGAUCCAGGGAGGGGGAUCCUUUCAUAUGAGGGCUGUGGACACCCAACUCCACUCAGCUCAAGGAUGUUUGUUGACUUCUCUGUUCUGACAGAGAUCAAGAUAGAAAUGAGUAGUUCCUGUCCGCUGGGAACUUAGAGGUGAUGAGAGAGAGACUCCAAAAUACCACAUCAAGAGAGACUGUGAUACGUGCUAAGAAGGGUGUGAGAGAGGAAGAGGUACAUUUUCCCUGGAGGAAUCCUAGAAAGUACUGCCCUAUUUCUGUCUCUGUUAGCUCACUUUUGAACACCUACAGUCCUGGAAGAACCUUAGCCUGAGGGGUUCUGUGUAGCUGAAAAUACUUGGAAUUGUUGCCAGAGUCUUCAGACUGACCCUCCCCACAAAUAGGAGUAGCAAUUCUAGAGGGUAGGGUGUGGACAGGAAAUCUGGGCGCAGAAUUGCCCCCAGAACCAUUGUCCCCAAGUGGGAUGUCUUCACAGAUGAGCAAAGUUUGGUCUUCAGUGUCUCUGCCUCAGUGUCUGUGUCUGCUUCCCCUGGUAGGAUACCUCCAGCAACCUCCCCUUGUCACAGAUAGCCACAGCAGCUGUGCUCUCUGCCUGUUCUCUCAGAAGCGUGCAGGACUGACACAAGGAAUGUUACCUAUUCCCAGAGACAUUCUUGUUUCAACGAAGCCAGCGGGAGAAAGGCUGUGGCACUGCAGUUGGGAGAGAAGUACCAAGGGCCGCCUUGAUGUCCCUUAGAUCAGACUCAGUUGCUCUGGAGGGACCGUUGCAGCCUCCUGGACAUAGCUUUUACUCUCCAUGUUCCCUCUCCCAGGGGGAAUCUAGCAGCAGCGUGGAUGGCCAUGCACUGUGCACAGCAGCAUUUCACCCCUUUCCGAAUGUCAUCUUUGAGUUGGCUCAUGUGAUUCCUGGCCUGUUUUAGCCGCAAACCACUAACAACAUGAUCUUCUCUACUUUUUUUUUUUUUGAGGGGGCGCUUCUUGGUCAGGUCAUUUUAAAUGCCUCUUUGAAUACAGCUAGAAAAUAAAACCAAUUUGUAAAGCCACAUUUGCAAAUGAUGCCAGCCUCACGCAUUUAUAUAGCUCCAAGAAACCCAGGUAUGCCUCAUCAAUUUGACCGUCUUUAAUAAAAUCAUGUUUAAAAAUCGCAUCAAACUUCAGCUUCCUCUAUAUGACAAAACAUCAAAGGUUUCCAAUUGCUCUUUUGUCUUCCGACAUUUAGUAUUAUAAAAUACCUAUUUUUAUGCUGAAAUGUUUGUACAGGUUUAUUAAUAGCAAGUGCAACUAACUGGCAGCAUGCCUUGCAGCACAUUUUGAUAUAUUAGCCAUGCUUCUGGGUAAAGGCAAGCCUCAAACGACUUAGCUUUUGCAGUCUCUCUGGGGUCAGUAAAAGAAAAAUAUCAUUUGCUUCAGAAGUGGGACUGUAAAUAUGUAUAUUUAACUUUGUAUAGCCCAUGUAACUACUUUGUAUAGAAAAAAGAAUUUUAAAAAUUUGAACUGAAGGGGGUAAAAUAAGGAAGUCAUGAAGUUUUUUGCAUUUUUAUUUAAAUGAAGGAAUUCCAAAUAAGUCACCUGCAGAUCUGUGGCACAAAAAUAACCAUCGCAAAGUGUGAAAAUACUCAUUCUUUCUUGUAAGAGGUAACUCUUAUCUCAGUUAUAGUUUCUCUCUUUUUUUUAAAUUUUAGUCCUAUUUAUCUGCAGUGGUUUUAUGGACUAUUGCUAAAAGAAGAUUACAAGAAUUAUAUCCUGACAGAAAACCAUCAUUAUAUAUAACCAAUUAAUUUAAAGUAUUUUGCCAUUUAAUGCUACACCAAGAGCAUGUACUCUGCAGACACAGAUUUUUCCAUUCAUUUAUUUUUCUUUAUUGCAGUGAAUUGAUUUGCUAGACAUGUUAAUUUACUACAUUUGCUGUACAUAUUAUUUAAUAAACUUUAUUCAGAACUGCGUGGCA